AUCUUUUGGGGCUUUUUCUCAUUUUCUCUGUUCAUGAAACAAAAGUUUUGCGGGAAGUGACAGAGUGAAAACGAGAUUAAAAAAAACCUAGCUUUCUUCGUUUCAGAUAUUCCUUGCUCACAAUUUCGAAGUUUUAAUUCCAUCAUUUUUCCCGCGUUUCGAACCCCAAACCACAGUGAGGAUUCAACUGGGGCAAGGAUCGGCUGCGCAGGUCACUUCCAACAUGCUCAAGAAUGAGGGAGUUGCUGCCUUUUAUAAGGGUCUAUCUGCUGGAUUACUCAGACAGGCUACAUACACCAUUGCUCGUCUUGGAUCGUUUAAUAAAAAAGUUUACGAAGGUAGAAGUUGUGGGUAGUCUUCAAUGGCAGUGCAAAGGGUUUUGGAGUCAGAAGUGGUGAGAAUUAUGGAGAAAUGCUGUACUCUUAAUCAUGCGAAACAAGUUCACGCUCAUAUCUACAGCAACAACCUCCACCAAUGUUCCUAUGUAAUAACCAAGCUCGUACGCCUCGUCACCUCGCUUACCCAUGUGCCGCUCCACUCCUACCCUCGCCUUAUCUUCGCACAGGUCCACACCCCAAACCCCUUUCUCUGGACCGCUCUCAUUCGCGCCUACGCCGUCCGAGGACCCAUCUCCCAGGCCCUUAGCCUCUUCUGCUCCAUGCGUAAACGACGGAUCACUCCCCUCUCGUUUACCUUCGCCACUCUCUUUUCCGCUUCCGGUGUGGGUCGCUACAUCCGUUUGGGAGCGCAACUCCACGCCCAGACACUCUUGGUUGGUGGGUUCGAUUCAGAUAUAUACGUCAACAAUGCCAUGAUUGAUAUGUACGCAAAAUGUGGGUUUAUGCGAUGUGCGCACAAGGUAUUCAAUGAAAUGCCUGAACGAGAUGUCGUUUCUUGGACUGGGCUGAUUGUUGCUUACGCGAGGAGGGCCGAUAUGAAUGCGGCACAGGACUUGUUUGAUGGCUUGCCUGUGAAGGAUAUGGUUGCUUGGACUGCGAUGAUUACCGGGUAUGCACAGAAUGCCUUGCCGGAAAAUGCGGUGCAGGUUUUCCGACAGUUGGUAGAUGAGGGUGUCGAGAUUGAUGAAGUUACUUUGGUUGGUGUUAUAUCUGCUUGUGCUCAAUUGGGUGCGUCUGUUUAUGCUAAGUGGAUAAGGGACAUUGCUGAGAGUUCUGGAUUUGGGGAUGGAAGUAGUGUCCUUGUGGGGUCAGCCUUGAUAGACAUGUACUCAAAGUGUGGUAAUGUGGAGGAGGCAUAUAAUAUCUUUAAAGGAAUGAAGGAGAGAAAUGUGUUUUCUUACAGUUCUAUGAUUGUGGGGUUUGCUAUACACGGUCAAGUUCAUGCAGCGAUUAAGUUGUUUUAUGACAUGUUGGAGACUGAUGUGAAACCAAACUGUGUUACUUUUGUAGGGGUGCUUACUGCGUGCAGUCAUGCUGGCUUGGUAGACCUAGGGGAGCAACUCUUUGCUACUAUGGAAAAGUAUUAUGGUGUUGCUCCAACAGCGCAGCAUUAUGCUUGCAUGGCAGAUCUUCUUGGUCGAGCUGGAUACUUGGAAAAGGUAAUACGGCUUGUUGAGACAAUGUCUAUGAAGCCUGAUGGAGCUGUGUGGGGGGCGCUUCUUGGAGCAUCAUACGUUCAUGGAAAUCCUGAUGUUGCGGAAAUUGCUUCCAAGCAUUUAUUUGAGCUUGAACCUGAUAACAUGGGGAAUUAUUUGUUGCUUUCUAAUACCUAUGCAUCAGUUGGAAGAUGGGAUGAUGUGUCUAGGGUCAGGAAAUGGAUCAAAGAGAAAAAUUUGAAAAAAGAUCCAGGAUGGAGCUGGGUUGAAGCAAAAAAUGGAAUGAUUCACAAGUUCGCUGCUGGUGACGUGAAACAUCCACAAAUUAAUGAGAUAAAGAAGGAAUUAAAUGAACUUUUGGAACGACUAAAGGGUAUUGGAUAUCAGCCAAACCUAAGUUCGGUGCUGUAUGAUGUUAACGAUGAUGAAAAAAGGCUGUUACUAAUGUCUCACAGCGAAAAACUAGCGUUGGCAUUUGGAUUGCUGAGUACUGAUGCCGGUUCCACCAUAAAAAUUAUGAAGAACCUUAGGAUAUGUAAGGAUUGUCAUGUUGUAAUGUGUGGAGCAUCAAAACUUACUGGAAGAAAAAUUGUCGUGAGGGAUAACACGAGAUUCCACCACUUCUUUAAUGGGGCCUGCUCUUGUAGAAAUUUUUGGUGACAGAGCCUAGUGCCAUAAGCGGGUGAAUACUGACGCAUCGGUGUUGGAAGGAUAAGAGUGACCUUUUCUCAUUUUUGGUAAACUAGAGGCGUGUAUAGAGUUAUUUUGUGCCUGCCUAGAUUAAUCUAGGUUUAAUACAUCAUUUGGUCUCUACUCUUAUAGAUUUAGUUCAAAAUGAUCCUACCUUUUAAAAAGGUUCAGUAAGGUCCCAUAUUUCGUUAAAAAAUGUUCAUUCUAGUCCUUUUCGCUGACGCCGUUAAAAGCUUAACGGUGCAGAUGCUAGCGUGGCGAAACAUCAAUUACCUGUUUACUGCGAUGCUUACGUAGCGCUGUGAAGUCAUUUUAAUGUGUAAAUAUUUAAGAAAAAAUAAAAUGACAAAAAAUAGGUUAAAGUAAAAUACCUUAUGCCAUUUUUGGGUUGAAGUAGUUGCCUAUGGUGCUGUAAUGCAAGGAAGCAUUUUGAGCAUAGAGGGGUGAAGAAACCAAAGAUAUCCUUCUAUAGGAUGUGGCUCCCCUCACCCUUGGAAUUGAAACUGUUGGUAGAGUGAUGACAAAGUUAAUUCCCAAAAACACUGUUAUCCCAAUAAAGAAAUCUCAGGUGUUUACCACCUACCAGGACCAGCAGACCAUUGUCUCCAUUCAGGUUUUCGAAGGUGAGAGGAGUCUAACAAAAGACUGUCGUCUGCUUGAGAAAUUUGAUCUGUUAGGAAUUUGGGGGUUAGGGUUUAAUUUGGGGGUUAGGAUUUAAUUUGAUUUUGUGUUAAAUUUAGGUAUUUUCAUCAAUUGACCAUGAUGUAAUUAGGGUUUCCAACUGUCCAUUCCAUCUCCAACCUCCGAUUCUCUAUUGUUACCGUGAAAGCCACUACCUUCUACACCUCUAUUUCUAGGGCCACUGGCCACUGCUAAGUGCUAUGUUUUUUGUAUCGAACCAAUAUUCUAUCCCCAUCAGAUUGUUCCCAUGCCUGGUUCAUAAAAGAAAAAGGAAAUUAUGAAAUUCUUAUUAAAACUUAAUUUAAGAUGACUUGUUCUUCUUCUUAUUCUGGUUGUGGUUGUUCUUCUGAUGACAGAAAAAAAGGAGGGGUUCAGGACUUGACUUUGGGUUGUAUUAUAAAAAAUGCUGUGACUCUUUUUCAU